UCAAACGACGCCUUGUUUGAAAUACAUCAAUCAUGUCACGAUUCCAAAGACGAAAUAAGUGACAUGGUGGAGGGUCUUCUUGACUCUAAGCCUCUCUUCGAAGCACAACCAUGGAAAGGUCCUGGGACAAAUUUGAGCCCUAACUCAUUUUUCAGCUCCGAUGACGACACCCUGAACUCUUAUGCAAGUGAGAAUGACCAAAUUAGUACCGACUUUGACCUACAUGACCUCCAGGAAGACGGUUUAACGGGCAUGUCCGAUGCUGCCCAAAUAAAGAUUUUAGUCAAUGAUCACACUUCUCAUUCAGGUAGCUCAAAAGUUUCUUGCUCAUUGUGCAAAAAGCUCUUUAAGAAUAUCGAAAGCCUAAAAACUCACCAGAGAAGGAUUCACAAGGAUGGUCGAUCACCAAAGCGAAAGUCCAAGAAGUUUUUGGAACACUUGCGUGAUGUGGUAUGUCCUCAUUGUGAAUCUCGAUUCCACGUGGGCCGGGAUUUGUUCUUCCAUUUAAAAGUGGUCCAUUGUUUGUCCGAUGAAGAGAUUCAAAAGGACUUUCAUGUUCCAAUUUGCUACAUAUGUCAACAAGCUUUCGCCACAUAUGGCCUUCAGCAGAUGCACAAGAAGAUCGAUCAUCUCCUGGGCAAAUGGAAGUGCUCCAUUUGCUUAAAAGAUUUCAGACAUGGCGGAGAAGUUCAAGAGCAUUAUCAAGGCAACCAUCAGCCAGAAGAGUUCCACAUCAAAUGUGCCUUAUGCCAAGCUGAACUUUGCUUUACAACCGGGUUCGACGUGGUGAAGGAGCACUGGGAUCAUUGCUUGAAGGCGAAACUGACAGAGGAUCGGUUGAAAAAUGCCCCUAAAUAUCUGGCCAAGAGAUACGUUUGCGACGAGUGCGGAAGGGCGUUUCAAAGCCAACGACUUUUGAAUGACCACCAAGAUGAGCAUCGAGGAAUUCUGAAGCACUCGUGCUCAAAUUGCGAUUACAAGACUGGAACCAUCCGAAAAUUGAGAUCCCACAUGCAUUAUUGGCAUUCCGGGAAACCGGGCUACAAACCACCCCUCGUGGCUUGUGAGAUCUGUGGCCAACAGGUGUAUAAGACAAACCUGUGGAAGCACGUGGCCAACCGUCAUGAAAAGAAGGCCUUUUCUUGCGAUAAGUGCGACAAGAAGUUCGGAACCGACUUGUCCCUUCGUGCCCAUAAGGAAACAGUGCAUCCUGAGAACACGAUUACAUGCAACAUUUGUGGCAUUCAAGUCAAGCAUAUGGCCAAGCUAAAGGUACACAUGGCCUCCCAUCAGCCUCCCAAGUACUUUUGUCGUUUCUGUCCCAAGGCUCUCAAAACGACUGUUAGCCUGGCCAAUCACGAGCGAAUCCACACUGGGGAGAAUCCCUACAAAUGUGAUACAUGUUCCUUUGCUUGUGCGACUGCUGGAAACUUGCUCAUCCAUAAGAAAAGGAAGCACAAUCUACAAAAGGUCAACUUCUACUUACCCGCCUCAAGAACCGUACUUCCAAAUGAAAAAGCUGAUCAAGUGUGUGCUUGAACAUAACUAAUCGCCCAAGGUUAAAACUAUUUGGUCUUAAUGUAGUCUUCAAAUGACGUUCAGUUCAUGAUUUCAGACACAUUAAGUCCAGAUACUGAUACUGUGAUAAGCACAAAAUAAGCAAAGAUGAAGACAUUUUUGAACCCACAUCCACUCAAAAUGUGAAUU